GACUGCACUGAAACUAAACAGCUUAGAGCUACAAUGGAAGAAUUGAGAAUUGUUUUGUUGGGUAAGCAAGGAGCAGGAAAGAGUUCAUCAGGAAACACUCUUCUGGAUCAAAACCUGUUCCACACUGCCGCCCAUACUGAUCGAGUAACUCAGACCUGUUCAGCGCAAACAUCCACUAUAGGCCAGGAAAAGAUCACGGUGGUUGAUACACCUGGAUGGCCUGAUUCUUCAUCUGAGACUGAAAUCAAGCAGGAGAUCAUGAAAUGCAUUGACAUGUGCAGUCCUGGACCUCAUGUGUUUCUCCUGGUGUUGUCCAUCGGAAGAUUUACUUAUGAAGAGAUAAAAACAAUCAUAGAUAUUAUGACUGAAUUUGGCCCUGAAGCUUACAAACACAUGCUACUGCUGUUCACCAGAGGAGACGAUCUGGAGGGGAAGACCAUUGAAGACUACCUUAAAAACACACAAGAAAACCUAAAGAAAAUACUUGAGAUGUGUUCUGGAUAUCAUGUGUUCAACAACAAAGACAAAAACAAAAACAUUCAAAGUCAAGUAUCUUCUAUUUUGCAGAAAAUCAACCGUAUGGUUGAAAACAAUGCUAAAAAGUGUUACACAAAGACUAUGUAUCAAAAUAAAGAUCAACGAAGAGAACAAGAGGCAUUGCGGACAAAUGAAGAGAAUUUGGCACUAAGCAAAUAUGCUACUAAACAUAAAAAUACAGAAACAAAGAUGGGGAAAUACAGUGAAAUGAAUGAGAAAAGAGAAAAACAAAGCCAAAUAAGAGAAGUGAGGAAACAGACUGAUAAAGAAGAGAGAGACACUGAAAUAGUGAUGCCCAUGAAUAAAAUAUCUAGCAAUGAGGGAGCACAUAGGCAAGAUUAUAAUAGAAUGGAGCAAACAUCUGUUGAUAGAAGGGACAUUGAGAUGAUUAUUGAAUUACAGAGAACCAAUAGCGAUAAACUUAAAAAAUUGUUAGGGCGUGUAGCAGGUGUGGAAAUGUGUCUACAAGAAAUAAAAAAUAUGCUUGGUGAAAGACUGAAUCAAGAGAAAAAAACAAACAAACCACAGAACCUACUGCUCCUGGCAGAUCAGGUCUAAUAUCUAGCCCCUUUAGAAGGCGUUAGCUAUAAAGGGAUUUGCACGAUUCUUAGCAUUUUUCAGGAGAUCUUCCCUCAGUGCCUGCAUGAUGUUCAGGGAGGGCACAACAUGAUCAAUGGGCACACUAAACCUAACCUUCACUUCUCUCAGCUUAUAACAUUUACCUUAACACUUUUACCCAUUACUUAUUAAAAUCAACCCCUUCUUAAAGCAUAACUAAACCCCUGGUCAGAGCCUGACUCCGCCCACUGGCAAUAUUUGAAAAAUGCAAGAAAAGUGGGCAGACCCCAACGGAGAUAGAGGGGACGAACUAAGUGUGUGGUGAGAUCGAAACAAGGGCGUGGUGAGCUUGAACCUGCUUACGUCACAAGUUAUUUUUUGGACCCAACAUCCAAUAGGAAAAUUCAACUGCAGUAGCCACCGUUCAACCUGAAGAGGGCAGCACUCAGACGUUUUUACACCAUAUAUUGUAGUAUUGAAACACUUUACAUCCAAAUGUCAAAAACUUACACUAAUAAAGCAUCAUUCUUACAGAUCAUUAACUAAAAAAAGUUGGUUUAGGGUUUAGUUACUCUUUAAAAUUCUGAUUAAAUUGUAAUUUACUGUAUACUGUAAUAAUACUCAUAUUUAUAUUCAUAUAGCAAUA